AUGUCGCAGAAUCCCAACUACAAUCACUUCAUCGCAGAUCCUGCUGAGACUCAUUACUUCGUUCGACGUUCCGACGACGCGGGCCACGGCCACGACAUCGGCAACGACCGCACUAUCGCAGGUCUUCAGCAAUUUUUAGCAGCUGCUCAGGAGGGCACCAUGGAUGCAUUUCCAGGCUCACAGAUGCUUCCUGGCACGACAUCUUGGUCUCUGAUCUACAAUGUCGCAAAUCGGCAUUGGUUGCACGUACUGUUCACUGUUGACUUCGACAGCAACACUGGCCAGAUCUCCGUUCAUGAUUCAAAGGAGGACCUUGGCUGCCUCGCCAUGAUCAGAGAAGAGCUUGUACUGUAUGCCAAGCUUAUCUCAAUGCGCGAGGAACUCGGGCUGAGCACAGUCGUCUGGCCAGAGCCGAAUGCUAUCAAGUAUCUCCCGUGCCCUCAGCAAAACAACAGCUCCGAUUGCGCCUUUUAUGCUUUCAACUGUGCUCGAGUGCCUGCUGGUCAAGAACACUUCAAUCGCAGUAUAGCUGAUAGCAGUGAGAUGGGCUUGGUGCUCCGGAGAGAAGCGCUCGAUUUCGUGCACGCCUGCAUGAGGGCGUGCCAAGAUUCCAAUGCCGCGCAGACCCCUCCGCAGGACUUGGAAAACGAAACGCCACUGUCGCCCGAAAUGGUCCAAGAUCGUUGGGAACGCAUCAGGCUUGCACAAUGGUCUGGUGCUUUGGUCAACCCCCAGGCCCCGCCGGAGGGCUUUGCCGGCACCUGGAGCUGGAUACAAGUUGGUGUGGAUGAUGUGGCUGCCAUGAACAGAGCUAUGACUUCGCCGGCGUCAGUAGUAACUUCUCGAUAUGCUGGCCUCCUCGAUACCGGUAUCGCUGCGACUCCUGGUGUCAUAUGGUGGCCACAAGAGACGGAAGUCAAUGAGCAUGAUUCUUCGUCGCCUACUUCUCUCGCCGCGCCUCGGAAACAAAAGAAGGCAUCUCAAGGCAAACCAGGUUAUAGGAAAAGCGAAAGCCCCGACAGGGAAUACUACAAAAACAAGUCUACGAACAUGGAACCGGUCUUUCGGGCUCCAGGAGGACCUCGCACUUCGAUUCCUAAGGGAACACUCCUCAACGCGAGACAAUUCUCAGUUAGUCAUGAAAAGUGGAGUGUGGCAGACAAGCAGAAGCUAUGUCACUUGAUCGAGGUAGAGGGUCUGUCCAGGUCGGACGUGAAGAAGCUGCACUUUCCUCACGUGAAAAUAAAGGUACUGAAUUGCGUCUACAAUCGGAUCAAGGUCAAGCAAAACAGGGAAGCAGUGCGGCUCGCAAACAAAAGGAGGAUGUAUGCUCCACUCACGCCACAGCAAGAACGUCGGGUGCUGCAGCUGAAGAACAGCACCAAUACCAAGUGGGCGUACAUAUCUGAGGACACCGGCCUCUCCGUGGAGAGCUUGAAAGCUCACUGGAUCGACCUCAAACAUAAAUCUCAACCAGAAAGAAGAAAGAAACGACCGAACGUUACGAAUCCCUCUCAAUCUACACGCCAGCGUCUACUGACUCAGGAUCAAGCAGCGUUCUUUAUACUGCUGGAUGCAAGCUUGCGCUCCUCGGAUAUAUUGUAUCCGGUAUUCCCUGGUCUACGAGCAGACGCCCGGUUUGGCAACAUCACAGACGUCCUCCAUGACUGGGAAGAAGCGGGGGAGCUCGUACUGUCCAGUAAGAAGACGGCAUCCCACUUGCCGCUCGCAUUCGUGCUAUGCUUCAAUCUUAUGGAUCUCUUGAGCGACACGCCGAAUGCUGUAGGCAAGACGAAAUGCGAUAUCAGCUACAGCCAAGACAACGAGCAAUGGUAUGCUGACGAGCUCUGGCAAGCAGACGAGCAGGCCGAGUAUCGUGCUCAAACACCAUUCGAGCGAUCAAAGCUUAGCAAUGUGGCCUUCCCAUAUUUUUGGCAUAAACCUGAUAAGCUGGUAAUGCCAUUCGUCGUUGCGCUGGCUUCCUCGGUCUCUGAGGAGGAGUCGGAGAAGUACAAUAGUCCGGCUUACUCUGUGACACUCUCUAUCCGCAAGAUUCACUGGGAAGCAUGGAUGUCGUUGGCCUUUCUUGAAGGUUGUGCAUGGGCACCCAGAAUACGGGCGCGCUUCCUCGGCAGCAUCUCACGCUUCCAUCUUCCGAUCGUCGGUACGUCAGGGUAGAGUUCACAUUCCUCCCCGCCUCGACGCAGUUUGGUAUGUGGUCAGCAGGCAUUGCGCUUGCUCGAGAUCCUACUCUUGGCUAGCGACUCUCGGCACGGCUGCUCUAGAUCUAUCAUCACGCCGGACAGAUCGGUCAUUUGAAGGUGUCUCGGAACUUAUGGGGAUUGGUCUUUGAUAGAUUGUUUCCUGCUCUCAGAUAGUUCUAUCCCAGUCACAAUUUGGCACUCAUUGCUCAAACUUUCCAUCAAUAUGAUGGCUCUGUGCCGAAUUGCUCAGUACCCAUGCUCUUCAAGAUGGACCUGCUCAUCGCGUAUCUCGAAAGACACCUCUAUACAAGUUACGCUGAGUCGCCGAAACGCGAAGCUCGGCGCCUGAAGAGUACGUCCGAAGCUUGAAAGUUGUCGCGGUGCCAGGUGAACAGUCGGUACGAACUCACUAGGAAGGUGAUGAGAAGCGCAAGGAGGGUCUGCCAUAGGCCGGCGAAGUCGAAAGUACUUGGGAUUUGGAGGAGCGUGCGGCCUGGACGACGGUGCGGCAGGAGUAGACCGAACAGGCCCUCGUAGACGACAAUAGCGAUGAUGACGCGGACGGGAUGCUCUCGCAGGAGUAGCUCGACGGAUUUCUGGUUGUAGAGCCUCUUACGGUACUGCUGUUCGCCCAGGAAUCGAUUAUUAUCUAUUUUGGAAGCCUUGUUCUGCUUUGGUGUUCGGAUGUGCCGUAAUGGUGUAGCGUGAAGUGUGGUGGUGAAAGUCCGUUUAAAGCUUGGGGAUGUAGUAAACAGGAUGCGCUACUGUGAUCAGUUGUAUACUGU